CGCAGGUCCCGCUUUCGACGCCAUCUUUCCGCCGGCGCGGGAGCGGAGCGCGGCGUCGGCCUCGCCAUGCCGCACUACCAGACCUGGGAGGAGUUCACGCGCGCUGCUGAGAAGCUCUACCUCGCCGACCCCAUGAAGGUGCGGGUUGUUCUCAAAUAUCGACAUUGUGAUGGGAACCUCUGUAUCAAAGUAACGGAUGAUGUAGCUUGUUUGCUGUAUAGAACAGACCAGGCGCAAGACGUAAAGAAGAUCGAGAAAUUCCACAGUCAGCUAAUGCGACUUAUGGUGGCUAAGGAAUCCCGCAGUGCUGCCAUGGAAACAGACUGAACUGCUGAAAAUAAAAUGAGUGCUCCGGUCAUAUUUCACUGGAAGAAAACAUCUCUUGGAUUUGAACAAAUACUGGGACAGGAGAUGCUUUUAUGUACCGAAGUGGACUGAUGGCAAGUCUGAAGCAUUUUUCCCCCCAGACUCUGCUUUGGAAAACUAGGAAAAUAAAUGCUUUCAAUUGAAAGCUUAUAUUUAUUUUUGGGAAUCAAACAAGAAAUUAUUCUUACACGUUAGGUAUGCUAAGAAGACAAGUAAAUAUUUUAAAUCUACGGUACUUUAGUCUGAAUUUGAUGGGCCACAAGCACAUUUCUGGAAAGUUACUAUAAAAUGCCAUAUAGAUUUCAUUGUGUUCAUACCUUAUGCUGGUGUAUCCUCACAGUGAGAAGGUUUAUUAACCCAACUAAUACUGUAGCAUGAUGACUGGAUCUAAUAAAUAUUUACAUAAAUUAUAUAUAUCACUGGGGUUUAGAAGAACAGGUGUUUUCUGAACUGAAAUGUUGAAAUUGCCAAUUCGUACUAGCACUGUUACUGGCCUUUAGUAUUGAUCUUGAUCAUAAGAUGUGCAACACUAUCUGUGAUACAGUUUGUAGAACUGUUACAUUGGCUAAUUAAACUUCUGUAUUUUGAAAAUUAAAGUAAAACUUUGCUUAAAGAUUGCUAGAGAUUGGUGAGAAACUGGGAACUUCUUUUCUGCUUAUUCAAAUACUGUUACUAAAAAGUAGUCUGGCUUUUUUCCAUACUUGAACUAUUUUAUACUACCAGGGGGAUGUUCUCCCAUCCGUGCUUCAGGCAGAGAUAAAGUAUAUCAGCAAGACAAAUUCUAGAAGCUCUUGCCUAUUAUGUUGAUAGAAAAAAUGCAACCAAACACUACCCAGCUUCCUUAUCUUAGCAGCUUGGUAACUGUGCAUUUUCAAAUGUUACAUGUGGCAGAUGGAUGUCAGCCAAUUGAAUAAAUGGAUGAAAACCAGCUUAAUAAAUACUUAAAUACCACUGUCAAAAAUAGACCAGUGCUCCUGUGGCUUAGACUUGUUUCUCAUUGUUACCUCUGGUAGGGUGAUGGAAGUCUUCAUUGUCUCUUGCAAAGCUUUUUGCUUGAAAGCCCAGUAGCUGAAAUUGAUACUUGCUUUGACUAGAUCUCGCAUACUUAAAAACAUGAAUAUUUUAAUGUAAUUAUACUAUUGGUAUAACUAGACUUUUCCAGGACUAGUGUUUUGGGUUAAACCAAGCCACAAAAGUAAAGCAGAACCAUACAACGACUUGUCUGUAGUGGCAUUUAGAUAUAACAAGUCAAUCUACUUAAAUAGCUACUUGCUGUCACUUACAUUAAAAAUAAUUGAGCUACUUGGAAGCAGUGGAGUUCCUACAUUUGCCAAGGGCUCAGAAUAAAACCCAGCCUUGAAUAUUGUAUUAGAGUACCCUUUCAGCUGAACAUAUAAUUGUUGGCAAAUACUGUAGUGCUAAAUUCCCAGUGACUACUCAAAUUCUGGUCUACGUGAGUGACUGGUAUGUAUGUAACACUUUUCUUCUUGUAUUGGCUUUUGAAAUGCAAAUAAAUCCAGAGAGAAAGCUAAACUUUGUUGAUAGUUAAACUUUAAUAAGAUACUGUAAUGCUGAAAAUUUUCCCUGAUGCUCCAAAUUAUUUUCUUAAUAUUUGCAAUAUAGUAUAUUAAGUAGUUAAACCAUUUUUGUCUAAAGCACUGUUCUGCAGUGUGAAUGGUUGCUACACAAAGUCAUACAAGCAAAGAUUUAAGCUGUUAAGUUGGCAGGUGAAAAGGCUGCCACUAUUUUAGUGUAAUUUUUGGGCUUCUCUUUUAUAAAUUGGUUUGGUGUGUAGAUGUUUUGUGUGAGCUCAGGUACAGAAAGACUUCAGUGGUACUUACUUGUGCAUGGAGGAUGUAAGUAGAGAGCAGGCUGCAGACAGACUUGGUGUACCAAGUGGCUGAAAGGCUUGAGCUGUCUACUUAAGCAGGUUUUAGAGGGGGGACACUUGUCUAGUGGACGGGGGCAAUUUAUAUUAGAGUAUCAGCUGUCAGGCAAAAGAGGCAGGGAAAUGGAUUUUUAGUUUUCUAAAUUCAGAAAUUAUUUCUGUAAAACCGUAAGGAAACAUUAAUGCUGCUUUCUUAAGAGUAUGUGUUGUUUAAGCUUGUUCUCCAUAUACUCACAGAAAAACUAGGGCAGUUCUGUGCAGUCAUAAUACAUGAGAAUACUGAUAAAGCAACUGCUUAAAAAAAAAAAAAAAAAAAAGCUUUUGGAAAUGUCUUCAGAAAAAGGUGCUUUUUGACUUUGUCCUGGAAUUUUCAGCAACUUCAAUACUGUGUUCAUGGGGUGGUAGAAAAGCUGUGAACUCAAAGCUCUUCUUUUUUGUGCUUAUACUCUUGCUGAGGGUGUGCGUGUGUGCAUAUGUGCACUGACCACUUCCUAAUAAACUUCACAGUGAGUGAAUCCA